CUGUAGAACACAACCCAAAGCUUCACUCUUGCUUCUGUUUUUUACGACCCAACUAGACCCAGAGUCCCAAAGCGAGCUCCUUUGAUUCUUAAUGCCGCUGCUGCUGCAUUAGUUAAUGUUGCGUAAGCAAGAAGAAGAGAGAUGAAGGUGUCGUUUCUAACCUGGGUGCUUUCUCUGCUGCUGUGUUUUGCGUUGUGUUUGGGAUACAAUGUAAGCUACGACAGCCGCUCUUUGAUUAUCAAUGGCCAAAGAAAGCUGCUCAUUUCUGCUGCCAUUCACUACCCUCGUAGUGUUCCCGCGAUGUGGCCGGGGCUAGUGCAGACGGCGAAAGAAGGAGGGGUUGAUGCGAUUGAGACAUAUGUGUUUUGGAAUGGUCACGAACCGUCUCCAGGCAAUUAUUAUUUUGGAGGACGAUAUGAUCUGGUGAAGUUUGCAAAGAUCGUGGAGGAUGCUGGAAUGUAUUUGAUUCUUCGAAUUGGUCCAUUCGUCGCAGCAGAAUGGAUAAAUACGUGCAACUCCUUCUACUGUGACCAAUUUACACCUAUUUUUCCGGACAAACCUAAAAUUUGGACAGAGAAUUGGCCUGGCUGGUUUAAAACAUUUGGGGCCAGAAAUCCUCACAGACCAGCUGAAGAUAUUGCUUUUUCUGUAGCUCGUUUUUUCCAAAAAGGUGGCAGUGUACAGAACUAUUACAUGUAUCACGGAGGAACAAAUUUUGGCCGCACUUCAGGUGGACCAUUUAUAACCACAAGUUAUGACUAUGAGGCACCAAUUGAUGAAUAUGGAUUACCAAGGCUUCCGAAAUGGGCACAUCUUAAGCAACUUCACCUAGCAAUUAAGUUAUGUGAGCAUGUUUUGCUAACCGGUGAGCCUACUCAUGUAUCGUUGGGUCCUUCUGAAGAGGCCGAUGUUUUCACCAACUCAUCUGGAGCAUGUGCUGCCUUUAUUUCUAACAUGGACGACAAAAAUGACAAAACAGUAGUAUUUCGUAAUAUGUCAUAUCAUCUACCAGCAUGGUCAGUUAGCAUACUGCCUGACUGCAAGACUUUAGUAUUUAACACAGCAAAGGUAGCAUCCCAGACCUCUGUAGUUGAGAUGGCGUCUGAAAAUAAAGGCUUGAAAAGUCUUAAGUGGGAGGUAUUUGUGGAAAAAGCUGGGAUCUGGGGUGAAGCGGACUUUGUUAAAUCUGGAUUUGUAGACCACAUUAAUACCACAAAAUUUACAACUGACUAUCUGUGGUAUACAACAAGCAUAUUUGUUGAUGAAAAUGAAGACUUCUUGAAGAAAGGAAGCUCGCCAGUUCUUCUAAUUGAAUCUAAAGGCCAUGCUCUCCAUGCUUUUGUCAAUGAUGAACUUCAAGAUAGUGCAUCUGGAAAUGGCACACAUCCACCCUUCAGUUUAAAAAGUCCCAUCUCUCUGAAGGCAGGGAAGAAUGAAAUUGCUCUACUCAGCAUGACAGUUGGUCUGCAGAAUGCUGGAUCAUUUUAUGAGUGGGUUGGGGCAGGUGUAACUAGUGUCAAAAUUAAGGGUUUCAACAAUGGUACAGUUGAUUUGUCUGCGCAUAAUUGGACCUACAAGAUUGGGGUGCAAGGAGAGCACCUGGGACUUUACAAGGGAGAUGGCUUAAGUAAUGUAACUUGGGUUUCAACCUCAGAACCGCCAAAGAAACAACCUUUGACGUGGUAUAAGGCUAUUGUGGACCCUCCCCCAGGUGAUGAACCUAUUGGACUGGAUAUGAUUCACAUGGGAAAAGGUCUGGCUUGGUUGAAUGGGGAAGAAAUUGGAAGAUACUGGCCUAGGAAUAGCCCCACACAUGGAUGCGUUCAAGAAUGCAACUACAGAGGCAAGUUUGAUCCAGACAAAUGCAACACAGGAUGUGGAGAACCAACACAGAGAUGGUACCAUGUUCCACGGUCUUGGUUCAAACCAUCUGGAAACGUUCUAGUGAUUUAUGAGGAGAAAGGUGGAGAUCCAGUCAAAAUUGAGUUUUCAAGACGGAAAAUAUCAGGUGCCUGUGCUCUUGCUGCAGUAGAUUACCCCUCUGUUGACCUUGCAUCUUGGCAUAAGGAAAAUGGAAGUAACAAAAGCAUUUCAACUAUCAACUUAAAGUGCCCUGAGAACAUGCAUAUAUCUACUGUAAAAUUCGCCAGCUUUGGAAAUCCUACAGGCUCCUGUGGAUCCUACACCAAAGGUGACUGCCACGAUCCCAAGUCCACUUCUGUGGUCGAAAAGCUAUGCUUAAACCAAAACAAAUGUGCCAUAGAAUUGAGAGAAGAGAAUUUUAGCAAGGGUCUGUGUCCGAGUGUAACGAAGAAGCUUGCAGUUGAAGUAGUGUGCAAUUCUCCCAUUGAAGAGCAGAUUUGAAUAAGGAAGUAGAAUGCAAGGAAGACGCAGAGAUUACACUAUCCUCUUUUAGUUUUGCUAUAGAAGAAUGUAGCUUGAGUAAAAUACUAAAUUAACAUUGGAUUACUAAAUUUCAAUAAUAUUACUUCAACAGUUUAAAGGUUUCGAGCU